AAAUAAACCAGCUGGAUCGAGUGUCAUUCCUUCGCAAUAGUCGUCCAGCUGCCUCAAAAUUGCCAAAAUCAGGCGUUUGUGGCCUCGCUGAUGGAAGAAUCGAAUAGUAGUCAACCGCCACGUUGUCCGUGUGGCUUUUGGGGCUCUGCCAAAACACUCGGAUUAUGUUCGAAAUGUUACCAAGAUCGUGAAAAGGCUAAAAAUGCAAGAGAUGCAGAAAUAGUGAGAAAUAAAUCUGGACAAGGAAGUUCAUCUAAAGCUUCAUCCAUGGAUUCCCAAGGGGCACGUUCUGAUCCUUCAAAACUUCCAAGUUCACUUAAUAAGGAUCGUGGUUUAAAUCGAGACAACAGUGAUACCUUACUUGUGUCUAGUGAUACUAAAAACAGUGCUUUAUGUUCGGCAUUAGAACAACCUUCAGAUUCCCUUCCUCGUAAAGACAAUUCCCAAUUAUCAGGAUCUACUGACCCCUCACCAGAGUCAUGUGAAGUUGAUGGUGCCAGUGCCCUGUCUUCAGUGUUAGGUGAUGAUAAAGAUGGCAAGAAUGGUGAAAGAGGAGCCAAAAGGGACUGUAGUGUAUUGGAAGAAGAGCCAACUAAAAUCGUUCAGAAAAAUAAAAAGCGAUGUUAUAAGUGUAGCUGUAAAUUAGAACUUGCUCAGAGAGAAAUAGGAAGAUGCAGAUGUGGACUGAUAUUUUGUUCAUUACAUAGAUUACCUGAACAACAUCAUUGUGAAUUUGAUCAUAAAGAAGAUGGUCGACAAGCAGCUCGUCUAAAGAUGAUUAAACCUACACGACAUUUGGGUACCACACAAAAACGCAUCGAUUCUGAUAAAUCUUGAUGAUAUUAUUUAAAUAAACUAUUUAAUAUCAUGUUGAUAAAUAUCAACAUGGAAACUUUAAUAAAAUAAACACCAACAUUAAAGAGGACAUAGAAUGAUUUUACAAACAUUUUCCUCCAAAGAUAUUGAAAUAUAGACAAUUUUGUUAAUAUAUAAAUAUAUAAACUAUGUACCUUUUGUAUACUGGGUACAAACAAUGAAUCGCGGAAAUAAUUUUUAUGGAUGUAGCAUAUCUGAAUUGGAAAAUAAAAAAUGGAAAAUAACUUUUAAAAAAAAAUGUAUCCUGGUAUCAAUAUCUGGAUUGUUGCUAUGAUAAAUCAUGAUAAAUUUUUUCAUCUACCUCUUGAAGGAUCAGUGUUAUUACAGAGUUACUCCCCUUGAUAUCUUACCAAGGGUUCGCUAAGGGAUUUAAAUUGUGAUCGGCUGGGGGAAAUAAUUAUGGUGAUCUAUAGGCCCGGCUAUUCAUCUAAUGAGUGAUUUGUGUUGAUGUAUGGAUGUAUGCUAGACCUGUGUUCCUGUGGCUACUUUACAUGGUUCAUGUACUUUAGCAGUAUAUGCGUGUGACUUUAUCUUUAAGAUGGAUUUUCUUAUAUUUUUUUUUCUAUUGUUUUAACCGUAAUGUGACAAGAAAAGAUUGUCAAAGAUUUUAUUUGAAGAUGUAUAAUAUUAAUAUAUAUAGCCUUUUUUUUCCUUUUCAUGGAUUUGUGUAUGUUUAUUUAAUAUAGUAUAAAAACACGAUAUAUAAACACAGUAUUUUCCCCUUCUGUCUUGGUGUAUGGUUUUUAAUAAUCAAACAUGCUGGUAUAUAUAUAUAGGUUAAAUUGAUUUUAAUAAACAAUAUGUACCAAUUUCAAAGGGCUUCAUGCUUAAACAAAAUUGACCAAACAAACGUUAAAAUCUUUCAGUCAAGCAAAGACAUUCAAAACAUAAAUACGAGUGGUCUACCGGUUUUUGAGGUAAAACAAAUAGUAUAUAAUGUCUGCAAAAAAAAUUUUUUUGUUUCGGAGGAUCAAAAGGAAACCUUUGGCCAGGUGGUAGUAUUUGGUAUUGAUUAACAUGGGUAAUGCACUCAUUACCACUGGAUAUUGCCAGUUAUGGCUUUUGUGUCAUAAACAAGACAAGGGGUGCGUGUCACAAAAAAUAGUGAAAAUUGUGAAUUAGUGAUAUUAUGAAAAUGCACUUGACUGUAUCCUUAUUAAAUUAAUACCUACAUUGACAUAACCAACAUUGUUUCCAGGGUUUAAUGAAACUGUGAUUGAUUCUGGUCACAAUAUAGACCAUAAGAUUUCUGAAUCAUAAGAACGGGUCAUACCUUUGUCAGUAAGUUCCUCGUUGGUGGCAAUGAAUAAGGGUUGGUAACUUCAGUCUAAACAUUUUGAACUAGAACACUAAAAGGGCAUAUUAAAAAGGCUAUAAUUGUAUUAAUUAAAGAGCAAUAUAAGAAAUGCUUCAAGUUAACUUGUGUUGCAUUCACUAAGAAUCAGAUGUGUGGUGGAUGAUAUAUUAUUUGUAAAAAUACUUGAUUAUAGUAGUAGCAUUUGAAUAACUAUUGGUGUUCUACAACAAUUGUAUGAUCUUGCUUGCAGGCCCAAUCACAUCCUUUAUUUAAUAUUCUUUUACUAUAGAUAUUUUAUUUAGACAGGUAAACUGUUUAAAAUUAUUAUUUAUUUUAAUUUUAUAAUUUAUGCACCAUUUGAAGAAAUUUGUUACAAAUUAUAUAUAGAGGUAAUGAUAAUAGGCAAUCUAGCUAAAUAUUGAUUGGAUAAACCAUGGCAUUGGAUAAUCAGAAAAUAUUGUGUACUAAAACUUUCAUGGGUUUAUUAUUUCAUAAUGGAUAUUCUAUAAAUAUUGGCAGAAAUGAAGGGAUCUUUGAGGUUUUCUAAAAAAAAUACAAGUGUUAGGGACACUGAUAGCAUCAAUUUGCAUCAUUCCAAUUUCCAAACAAACGUCAGUGGUUCCUGAAAUUAAACUAAAACUAAGUGUUUAAUCACUAUUUGCAUAAGGCCUGAUGUGAUAAAGCACAUGUUGUGACUAGUAAUCGAACACUUACUUUUUUUGGAAUUGCACUUACUACAAACAUCUGAUUGAAAAAUGAAAUGGUUUAAAUUGAUGCUAACAGUGUCCCUGGUACACAUGCAAAAAUUAGAAAACCUUUUUACAAUCCCUUAAAGUUCAUUCCCAAUGUUUUCUUAUUUGCAGUCAUGAAUUGAACUUCCAGCACUUCACCUUUGUUUUGGAAUUCGAGUUAAACUUGAUUUUCAGUAUAGAAUUCAUAACAAUAUAAAGUAACUAUUUCUUCUGUGUUUCUUUUUUUAAUAAUUCACUUUGUGAUUGUAUAAUAUUGCUGUGGAAUUGCUUGAAAUAGUGCAGGAUAUUUUCUGAAAUAGGUACCAUCAUUUAUGACGUGAAUUGUAUUCUAGAAAUAAAGACAAACUGUACUAU